AUGACUCAAAAUGCCGAAAAAACACUCAAACAACUCCACACUUUAAUUGAGUAUAGAAAAUCACAUCCUGCCCCAGUAGAUACACUUGGCUGCGGCACUCAAUCAGAAAAAGUUGAUCCUAAAACAGAACGUUUUCAAACAUUAAUAUCAUUAAUGCUUAGUUCCAUGACAAAAGAUCAGCAAACAUCAGCAGCAGUACGAAAAUUACAACAAAUGGAAGGGGGAUUAAAUGCACCAAACUUGAUGAAAGCAGAUUAUGAUGUUGUUUUAGAAUGUAUCAAAUCAGUAGGAUUUGCAAAGAAGAAAGCUGGCUAUAUCAUUGAAGCAGCAAAGAUUUGCCAUGAAAAAUAUAAUGAUGAUAUCCCAAAGACAUUGAAAGAACUUACGAGCUUUAAUGGUGUUGGCGUGAAAAUGGGAACGCUUGCAAUGGCACAUUGUUGGGGCGAACAAAUUGGUAUUGGUGUCGAUGUUCACGUUCAUAGAAUUUCUAACCUUCUAGGCUGGGUUAAAACAAAGAAACCAGAUGAUACAGAACUUGCAUUACAGAAAAUCUUACCCAAGGAAAUAUGGUCUGAAGUUAACCAUACUCUUGUUGGCUUUGGACAAACAAUUUGCGAUGCAAAGAAGCCAAAGUGUGAUGAAUGCCCAAUUAAAGAUACAUGCCCUGCUCUCCAGCGUGGCAGUGCUAGCGAAGAUGAUGAAUCUAGCGAUGAAUAA